GAGAUGAGCUCGCUGGGCGUCACGCAGCUUCGCUUUUCGCCGUUCCGUUUCUCAUCGCGGUUGCCUGUUCAGAACACCUCUUACACAUUUGGAUAUUCAUAAAUUGGCAUCGCAUAAGAACAGGAGUUAACUUGCGAUUACUAACAGUGUAACUUCAUUCGAGUAUUGGUCGACUUGGGAUACAUAGACUUUUGCGACCAUCAUGGCCAGUCAUGGUGUCCCACGCGCUGCACCAGGCACGGUCGUUGAGAAGAGCGCAAAGGCACGAGCAGAAGAAAAGCGACUCGUCGACGAAUAUCAAGCGCUGGGGCGCGAAGAACGAGAAAAGAUCCGAGCAAAAGACUAUUCCAACGAGACUCUUCAACUGACCUCCCGUCUCCUGACGCGAAACCCAGAAUACUACACCAUAUGGAACCACCGACGUUUGAUCCUCCAGGACGUCUUCUCUAAAGAACUCCUGCGCCAUAACGAAGCCUCUACCCAAAGCUCCGACCUCGAAGCGACCGACAUCGCCGCCGCCUCCCAAGCAAACCACACCCCGGCCCAACAAGAAAUCACCCUCCUCAUCCGCGAAGAUCUCCACUUCCUCCUCCCCCUCCUCAAGCAAUUCCCAAAAUGCUACUGGAUCUGGAACCAUCGAUCCUGGCUCCUCGCCACCGCCACCACCCACCUGCCCUCCGCUACCGCCCUGGAUCUCUGGCGCCACGAACUCGCGCUCGUCAGCAAGAUGCUCGCGCUGGACGGCCGAAACUUCCACGGCUGGGGCUACCGGCGGACCGUCGUCGAGCGGAUCGAAGAAGCGACCGCCGCCCUCGAUCCCACCCAUUCCACAAACGCGAGCAGCCUCGCCCAGUCCGAGUUCGACUACACCACCAAGAUGAUCUCCAGCAAUCUCAGCAACUUCUCCGCCUGGCACGCCCGCUCCCGCCUGCUCCCGCGUCUCCUCUCCGAACAGAACGCCUCUGCCGCCGUCCGCAUCGCGGCGUACGACGCCGAGAUCGCCCUGCUCACGCGGGCGCUGUACACCGAUCCGUAUGACCAGAGUUUAUGGACGUAUCAUCAAUUCCUGAUGACGGCGGUAGAUCACGCACCCGCAGCAGCAGCAGCAGGGAAAGAUCACACUGCAGCUCCUGCGGGGAUUCUGGGUGACGCUGCCGAUGUAGAUGAAACUACGCGAAGGAAGUACCUCGAGGCGGAGGGGGAGAACUUGAGGGAGAUGCUCGAUGGCGCGGAGGAUUGUAAGUAUAUCUAUCAAGCGCUGCUGGAGAACGGACGCCGGUUCAACGGUCUCGUUGCGGGCGGGGAUGAGGAUGAUGCAGUGCUGAAGGAGAAGACGAUCAAGGAGGAGAUGAGAACGUGGUUGGCCGAGCUGAAGAAAUUGGACCCGCUGCGAAGUGGACGGUGGGAGGAUCUAGAGAGGAAACUGGAUUUAGCUUGAAUGAACAUCGAGACGACAGUGCCAUAUGACACAGAGAGCAUGUCGCACGGAAAGUUACGAUGAAUAAUGAAAUAUGAUGAGUAAGAAAUAAUCCUGAUUGGAUAGUCGGGCGUCUUGGUCCGGCGAGAUCACUCGCUACGCAUAAAGACGAAGGGACGCUUUCUACUUC